AUGUGCUGGCCCACAGCGCGUGACCACGUGGCCGCGCUGUACUGCCUCGGGCGCGCCGUGCGGGGGCUGUGCGCCGAGGGCCGGGGCGCGCCCGCCGCGCAGCACCAGCAGCAGCGCGCCCUGCACGCGGAGCCGACCUUCGCGGCCCUGCUGGCGGCCACGCUGGAGGCGGCCCCGCGCCUCAACGCCAAGGGUCUCUCGCGGGUCCUGCUCGCUCUCGGCGACACGCACGAGGACCUGCCCUUCGCCCACCUCUCCCUGCCGGACGCCUACACCCGGCUGGUCCUGGCCAUCUCCACGAGCGCCUCCGAGCGCCUCCUGGCGGGCUGGAGCGACGGGCUGGCCGGCGGGCCGUGCCCAGACGACCGCGACCUGGCCUUCCCUCUCUUCGCGCUGGCGCGGCUCGGCGUCUACCGGCCUCCCGUGUUCCGCGCCGCGUCCCGCCUGCUCGCCCGGAAGCUGGAGGAGCCGGGCGGGGGGCUGCCCGCGGAGUGCCUGCGGCAGUGGCUGCUGGCCUGCGGCGCGGUCGGGCACCGGCUGGCCCCCAGCGAGGAGCGGGCAGUCGCGCGCUGCCCGCCGAUCCACACCUGGCUGGAGUCCGACUCCAACCGGCUGCACCAGCUGGCGGGCGCCGCGGUCGUGCUGCGCAGGCCGGACCCGCUGCUGGCCGCCCUGGUGCGGGAGGUGAACGCGCGGCCGCCGGGGCAGAUCCAGGAGGCGAGCAGGGCGGAGGCGCUGUACGGCCUGCAGGCCAUGAGGCUGCUGGCCACCACGGGGGCUCUGCCGACGGAGGCGCGCCUGGACGCGGCCCUGGCGGAGAGGCUCGACGCCUGGCUGGAGGAGAAGAGCCGCCGCGUGCGCCGGCGCUCGCGCCUGGAGCGCGCGGUCGGAGCGGAGCUGGAGCGCGGCGGCUUCCAGCCGACCCCAGACGUCUCGGUUGGCCACGGGCUCAGCGCGGACUUCCGCUGCCUGCACCGGGGCCAGGCGUUCUACGUGGAGGUGGACGGGCCCUCGCACUACUGCGUCCGCCCCGUGGGCCAACCCCUGGGCCGCACGCUCCUCAAGCGGCGCCUGUUCGCAGCCCUCGGGCUGCCCCUGGUCCCGGUGCCGUACUGGGCCGCCGGGCUGCCCGGGGCGAGCAGGGCGGCGGAGCGGGGCGGCGUGGAGCCCCUCGACCUGAACGUGGGGGAGAUGGCCGAGGAGGCGCUGUCGCAGCUUGGCGCAGCGGGGGCGGCAUAG